AUGUGUAUUUGGAGAAAUUCUUCUUACGAAUCAGAGGACUUUGCACCGUCAAUUCUUCACAAAUUAGCUAUCAUUGAGCUACCCGUCCACACUCUAGCUGCUUAUAUAGUUCUGUUCAAAACGCCUUCAAGAAUGAGCUCGGUGAAAGGAAUGAUGCUGUUGAUGCAUUUUUGCGGAGCUUACCUGGAUUUGUUUAUCAGCGCUCUAUCAACUCAAUACUUUCUUCUUCCCGCAGCUGCUGGUCAUUCACAAGGACUAUACACUUACUUCGGAAUACCUGUGAAAUGGCAGGCAUAUCUGUACAUCAGUGGACUUUGUCUUGCUGGAACCUCAGUUCUCAGCUUUUUUGAAAAUCGUUUCACUGCCGUUGUUAGAGGGAAACGCUCAAGCUUGAUACAUGAAAAGAGACGACUAUGGUAUAUUGUUGGCAAUUAUAUUUUCGCAUUUGUAUGUAUUCUACCAAUCACUUUCACACCACCGGAACAAAGUAUCGGGAAGGCUUAUGUCAGAGAGAUUUUUACUCCAGUGGCUUUAAUUAUAGGACCGAUCUGUUAUAUUGUAUUUGCUUUUGUAGCAUCUCAUUUUGAUCAAUCACUCAAUAACAUAUUUCUGAAUAUUAUCGCUAUUCACGGAUUGAUGUCAGGUAUCGUCAUGUUAUCUGUUCACACGCCGUACCGAGAAGCAAUACUUAAAAUAAUUUGCUGUGGACACACUCCAAAAGAAUCGAAUAAGAAUUCAGUGCAUACCGACGGAACAAUUGUUGUUCUGAGUGGACAUAGAAGAUCAAUACUUAUUAGUUAA